AUGGAAGCCAAGCUAGCAGCUUAUCGUAAACGGAAAGAAGAAGAAAAACAGCGGAGCAGUCACUUAUCAAUAAACUCAAACUACCACAGCCAGGACUUCCAUGAACAAUCCACAGUCAAAAGAAAACAUAACCACAACGCGAAAACUGCAGAGCAACAUAGUUCAGAAAACACUGCACGACCAGAAACCGUACCAGCAUUGGACACCAGCGGAACAUCGACUGCUACAAAACUGGUCCUGAGAAUGCUGAAACUUCUGCUGUGGCUGGCUUUAUGGGGGCUGUUUGUGGAGCUACAGUUUGGUGCUGUUUUCUUUGCUGCAUCUCUGCUGCUGUUUCUUUACUUCAACACUAGGACGGGUCCCAAGGACAACAGACCAAGUGCCUACUCUGUGUUCAACAAAGACUGCGAGAGAAUUCAGGGAACGCUGACAGCAGAGCAGAUGCAGAAGAAUAUGUUUGGUGUCCCUGGGCUUACAACGUGA